AUGGCAGAACCAGUUGCAGCAGGCAAAGCAGUACUCCACAUAGCAAUGUUCCCAUGGCUGGCCUUCGGCCACCUCAUCCCCUUCAUGGAGCUCGCCAAACUCCUCGCCCAAAAGGGCCACCGCGUCUCCUUCAUCUCCACCCCACGAAACAUCCAACGCCUCCCAAAUAAACCUCCCCAGAACCCCACCACCCACCUCAUUACCUUCGUCCCCCUCCCCCUUCCCCGUAUCCCCGACCUCCCCGCUGGCGCCGAGGCCACCAUGGACCUCCCUCUCCACCAAGUCCACCUCCUCAAAUCAGCCCACGACCUCCUCCGCGAACCCCUCGCCCGUUUCCUUGAAUCCUCUUCUCCGGACUGGAUCAUUUACGACUUUGCCCCUCACUGGCUCCCCCAAAUCGCUGCCGACCUCGGAAUUUCUCGCGUCUUCUUUAGUAUUUUCUCCUCCUGGUUCGCCGCCUUCGUGGGUCCGGUCACCUCCUGCCUCGACGGCCACCCCAGCCGGACAAAACCCGAACACUUCACCGUCCCUCCCAACUGGAUCCCCUUCCCUUCCAACGCAGCGUUUCGGCCCUACCAGGCCAAGCAGAUUCUUCAGUCAACGGUAGGAAACGCCUCCGGUGUAUCCGACGAGUUGCGCAUCGCCUCCACCGUGAUGGGUUCCGACGUGUUCGCCAUACGGAGCUGCACGGAGCUCGAAGCCGAUUGGCUGAAGCUGCUCGGAGACAUCAACGGAAAAGCUGUGAUCCCUGUGGGGCUCAUGCCGCCGUCGGUCCCUACAGACGAGGAAGACGCGUGGCUCGAAAUCGGCGACUGGCUGGACGAGCAGGUGAAAGGGUCUGUCGUGUACGUUGCACUGGGGAGCGAGGCGGCGCCGAGUCAGGAGCAACUGACUGAGCUGGCGCUCGGGCUGGGGUCGUCCGGGCUGCCCUUCUUUUGGGUUCUGAGGGGGCAGCGGGCGGAGCUGCCGGAGGGGUUCGAGGACCGAGUCAGAGGGAGGGGAAUCGUUUGGACGAGGUGGGCACCUCAACUCAGGAUACUGAGUCAUGACUCGGUAGGGGGCUUCUUGACUCACUGCGGGUGGAGCUCGAUCAUAGAGGGACUGCAACUGGGACUCCCUCUGGUGAUGCUUCCAUUCUUGUGGGACCAAGGGAUCAAUGCUAGGGUUUUGGAGGAGAAGAAGGUGGGAGUAGAAGUACCAAGGGGUGAAGAAGACGGGUCACUUAGGAGUGACUCAGUGGCCGAGUCACUCAGAUUGGUGAUGGUGGAGGAGGAGGGGAGAAUUUACAGAGAGAGAGCAAUGGAGUGGGGGAAGAUAUUUGGAGACAAGGAUCUGCAUGAUAGGUACAUUGAUGAAUUUGUUGAGUGUCUGCAAAACCCUAGAAGAGUUCAAGAAGGUAGCUCUAGCAGCUCAUUAAGUUAA